AAUAAUUUUUGUAAGAAAAGGCCAAUCCACGGCCCACUCAAAUCAUGACGAGAUUACCGGAUUCCUGUCCGCGUCCCUUUUCACAGCUUCUCGGAAAUCUGCUUUAACGGUGAUUAUGCACCCCAGCUAUUUGUCUAUCAUAGAUAGAUUCGGCUUCGGAGAUCAGCGGCGAUGGGGCAAUGCUGGAGAAAUCAUCCAUGGAGCAAUACUCUAAUCACCAUAAUUGAGUUUUCGUCGCAGUAUACUUUCUGCAGCGUAAGAUGAGAACUCCAAGAAAUUUUAUAAAAGACUGUCUUUUGAUCUCUGUCCUUGUUAGAAGCGAAAAAAAAGGUUUUUAGAUUUUCUGGCGAUGCGUUGGGGGGCAAUGGAGAGAGCUUCAAGGGAUUUGAUCUGAUGAUUCUGAGAAUUUUCUGGAAUUUUUGUGCUUUCAAUGUUGAAGGCAAGCCAUCGAGGACCCUAUGGCAGUAAUGGAAGGCCCUCUGGCUGCAACUUGGAGGGAGAUUCGUUUGAUAAGCAUAACAAUUUCACUAAAAAUGGUUCUCUGCGUGGAACUUCUAGCCCUUUUGGAAAGGUUGGGAAACGGCAACACUUGAAUCUUAACUUGCUCAAGCUGGGUCUUGCACUAGUUAGUCUUGCUGCUCUUUGUGGCUCACUUUGUUGGAUAACGUACAUCUCCAGUGCUUCACAAGUCGACAUCUAUCGAGGUUAUAGGCGUCUCCGGGAUCGGCUUAUUGCAGAUCUCUCAGUGGUAGGAGAACUCUCUCAUGGAGUUGGCAAGCUCAAAGAGCUUGAAUUCUGCCCGCAAGAAUAUGAAAAUUACGUGCCAUGUUACUAUAAUUUUUCAGAGAAUUUGGAUUCAAGAGAAGCUGAUCAGAUUGAUUAUCAAAGACAGUGUGUGCGGGGAUUGGCAAAGGGACUAACUUGUUUGGUUUUGCCACCAAAGAAUUACAGGAUUCCAUUGAGGUGGCCAAUUGGGAGGGACUUCAUUUGGAAAGAGAAUGUGAAGAUUUCAGGGCACGAGUUCUCAUCAGGAAGUUUGACAAAAAGGAUGAUGGUGGAGGAAGAGCAUAUCUCUUUUCACUCUGAUUCUUUAAUGGUAGAUGGUGUGGAAGACUAUUCCCAUCAGAUAGCUGAGAUGAUUGGUCUGAGGAAUGAGUCAAAUUUCAAUGAGGCAGGGGUCAGGACAGUCUUGGAUAUAGGCUGUGGCUUUGGUAGCUUUGGGGCACAUCUUUUCUCAAAACAAGUUCUUACUAUGUGUAUUGCGAACUAUGAGGCUUCUGGAAGUCAAGUACAAAUUACACUUGAAAGGGGUCUGCCUGCUAUGAUUGGUUCAUUUUCUUCAAAACAAUUGCCAUAUCCACAUCUCUCUUUUGAUAUGGUACAUUGUGCAAGAUGUGGGAUUGACUGGGAGAAUAAUGAUGGCAUCUUCCUGGUGGAAGUUGAUAGACUCUUAAGGCCUGGAGGAUACUUUGUCUGGACUUCAGUUAGGAAUUCCAACAGAUCUCUCCGUGAUAAGAAUAAUCAUAAAAAAUGGACCCUUAUUCGUGAUUUUGCUCAGAACCUCUGCUGGGAAAUGCUUUCACAGCAAGAAGAAACCAUCAUUUGGAAAAAGACGAGCAAAAAGAAAUGCUACAGGUCUCGAAAAGCUGGUCCUCCAGUAUGUGGUAAGAGUCAAGAUAUAGAAUCUCCCUACUAUCAACAACUUUAUCCUUGUGUUGGAGGAUUAAGAAGCCAACGUUGGAUCCCAAUUGAAAACCGAACACCUUGGCCUUCUCAGGCUAAUUUGAACUCAGCUGAACUUAGCAUUCAUGGUGUGCAUCAGGAGGACUUUGUGGAUGAUUCCUUAUACUGGAAUGCAGCAAUCCAUAACUAUUGGUCUCUUCUAUCGCCUCUUGUAUUUUCUGAUCAUCCAAAGAGACCAGGGGAUGAGGACCCUUCUCCACCUUUUAAUAUGCUUAGAAAUGUGCUGGACAUGAAUUCCCAAUUUGGUGGCUUCAAUGCUGCUUUGUUGGAAUCUGGAAAAUCUGUUUGGGUGAUGAAUGUUGUACCAACCACGAGUUAUAACUACCUCCCACUUAUUCUUGAUAGAGGAUUCAUUGGUGUUCAACAUGAUUGGUGCGAUGCAUUUCCAACAUAUCCAAGAACUUACGAUGCUGUGCUUGCUAAAGGGUUGUUGUCAACUCAUCAACAACACAGGUGUUCCAUUCCUGAUAUAUUCUUGGAGGUCGAUCGAAUAUUACGGCCAGAGGGCUGGGUCAUAGUUCAUGACUCAGCACCACUUGUUGAAUUGCUCAGAUCAGUGAUAACACAGAUGAGAUGGGAAGCACGCAUGGUAGAGAUAGAAGCUAACAAAGAUGAGAGGCUUCUUAUUUGCCAGAAACCCUUCUUCAGAAAACAGCCACAAUAAUUUCAAGGAAGAUUUACAACACUUAAUUCCUAUGUAUCAACAUACCUAACACCCAAACUUCAAUUUUUACAUUGAUACCAUCUUGCCCAUGCAUAAAAAAGUGUAUUUCACUACUGAAAAGUUAAUAUAGUUGUAGUUUUUAUGUGAUACAAAAUAUUUGUGUGUUAUAAAUGUAAAAAAAGUCAAGUUUAGGUGUCGGACAUGUAAAUAAAUAGGAAUUGAGAGGUAUGUAUGUAAAUGCCAUUCCUCAUAAGAGAAUCACUCGCUCGUUUGGCCAAAGUGGCCUCGUUCUGCUGUGGAGCCAAAGACGUUCUUGGGGAAAUGUAUAGUGAAUUCAAAGUUCAAAAGAGUAUAGCUCGAGAGUAUUUUGUCAGUUAAAUCUGUUCCAUAUGUAAAUUUGGUUUGUG